GCCGUGAAGCAGCAGCAGCAGCAGCAACAGCAGCUCCGCUUGCUUCGUACCAGUUUUUUAUCCAUGAAAACAAUCGCCUGAACGCUGUGUUGUUCGACUGGUUGGUAGAUACCGCGGUGAACGACGUGUAUUUCUUCGUCGGUUCCAGUUCACGCGGUGACGGUUAACCUUAAAAGAAGUGGCGGUCGCGGUGGUGUCGCGGCGAGAUAAUCCCGCGGUGGAACAGGACUCGUCCCGGUCGUUGAGGCGUCGUCUACCAGUGCGUUCGCUCUGAUUCUCGACGUAGUUCGAGACAGAGAGGUGUGAUAAAGAAAAGUGCAUAGUCAUCGAUGUGAGAAGUCGAGGCUAGGAGGAAGGCCCGCCGCAGCAGGAGGGAGAGAGAGAAAGAGAGAGAGAGAGAGAGAGAAAGUAAGAAAGAGAGAGAGAAAGAGUAAGAGCGAGGAGCUGUUCGUGGAUAGGAGAGGCCGAUACAUCGAGCCGGAAAUUUAGGCGACCGUAGCUCCGUUAGGGAGCUCCAGGGGUGGCAACGGUCUCGCUAGAAGGUGUCGAAGCUGGCGCGUGGGGCGGGAGAGUCAGCGGUGGUCUGGCUCUGGUUCCGGUGGUAGCGGCGGAAACGGAAGCCGCGACAACAGCAACAGAUCAGAGAGAAGGGCUGAGGGGAGAGGCUGUUGCUUACGAGGUUGGCUCGAGGAGGAGAUUAGAUUGUCUUGAGCUAGUUAUUCUUUCUACCCUUCCUGUUCCUGGCGGUGGUCAGCUUGAGAAUAUCCAUUGGCCGCCAGAAGAAACGUCGUCGGCGUGACACCGGGCCCCAGAUUACCUUCAUUGGAGAAGGAAACUGAGAUAGGAGUAACCUCGUUCCUCGAUAAAACAACCAGAUUUCUAGGCUUCGUUGGAGGUGUAUCACCUCCUCCUCCUCCGAGAGAGAGACAACCCUUUUCUCCGCCCUUCGCGGGUACUCACGCUUAGAGGAUCACUAGACAGGCAUCAUGAGCGAACUCGAAACCCUUCGUCAGGAGUCGGAAGCGCUGAGGAAUGCCAUUCGAACGUCGGGCAUGGAGCCUAUCGGUCGGAUACAGAUGCGCACGAGACGCACGCUCCGCGGUCACUUAGCCAAGAUUUACGCGAUGCACUGGGGCAGUGACUCAAGAAACUUGGUGUCAGCGUCGCAGGAUGGAAAACUGAUCGUCUGGGAUAGUUACACCACUAACAAAGUUCACGCGAUCCCUCUGCGCUCCUCGUGGGUGAUGACUUGUGCGUACGCGCCAUCAGGUAGUUACGUGGCCUGCGGUGGGCUGGAUAACAUUUGCUCCAUCUAUAGUCUUAAAACUAGGGAAGGAAACGUGAGGGUUAGCAGAGAGCUACCAGGUCACACUGGGUACUUGUCCUGCUGUCGAUUCUACGACGACAACCAGAUCGUCACUAGUUCUGGAGACAUGACUUGCGCCCUGUGGGACAUCGAGACUGGCCAACAAUGCACCUCCUUCAUUGGUCACACGGGCGAUGUAAUGUCCCUGUCCUUGGCGCCAGACACUCGCACAUUUGUAUCUGGCGCGUGUGACGCCAGUGCGAAACUGUGGGAUCUUCGCGAGGGAUCUUGCAAGCAAACCUUCCCGGGUCAUGAGAGCGACAUAAACGCGGUUACGUUCUUCCCGAAUGGAUACGCUUUCGCGACGGGUUCGGACGACGCAACCUGCAGACUUUUCGAUAUUAGGGCGGAUCAGGAACUGGCGAUGUACAGUCACGACAAUAUUAUCUGCGGUAUCACCAGCGUAGCGUUCAGCAAGAGCGGUAGAUUACUGCUGGCCGGUUACGACGACUUCAACUGUAACGUUUGGGAUUCCAUGAAGGCUGAGCGAGCUGGAAUACUCGCCGGUCACGAUAAUCGCGUGUCCUGCCUGGGCGUGACGGAGGACGGUAUGGCGGUAGGUACGGGCUCCUGGGACUCGUUCCUGCGUAUUUGGAACUAACUUGGGGUUAAUCCCAAGACGUUCCUCCAAAGAACCAACUGCAGCCAAUCAGCAUACAGUAUAAGCAUCAAGUACCACCACUUGGCCACCGAAGUCGGCAAGUCCGUAUCCUCGACGGAGGCGAAUUACUCACCUGAUUCGCCGGAGCUGACAUUGAUCAGAAAGUUUGGACAUCAGCUGGACAGCAGCAACAACAGCAACAGUAGCAAGAACCAGACCGGUAGAGAGAAGACCCAUGGCAGCAGCAGCAGCAGUAGCGGCAGCGAAUUUAAGAACGUUUUGGGUUGUGGUGGUAAAAAGGACUACCAGAGACGCGUCGUCGAUUUAACGUGGCGGCGUGGCAAGGUCGGCGAUAAAAUCACUCGCGAAUACCAGCGCUUCUAGUUUAUUCAGUAUCGUUUCGGUGUUCGGGUUUCUACUCGGAUUUUACGAAUGAUAUAUAACGGAUGAUGAUGAUGAUUAUUAAUUAUAAUAACACGAUCGAGAAAGAAGCGUGGGCGAAAGGAAGAGAUCUAUAUAUUUAAAAAAAAAAGAUAAGAACAAAAGAAAAAACCGACAGAACGGAGAGGAGCACCAAAAAAAAGGCUGACGGGGCCAAAUCUCUCCUUGUGUGUCGUAAGCAUACUUCCUUUUUCUCCUCCCCUUUCUCAAGGAUCACUUGGCGAACCUUCGAAGAGCACGUGCUGUUGAUAUAUAUACAUACACACACACACAUACACACCUUGAUAUAGCUUCUCCUCGAAGAUCUUCCCUGAAAUUCGAAGGUGUUGAUAACGAGAUCGAGAAUCGAUCACCUACGACGCUCCUUGCUCUCUCGAGGUGUAAACGUCAUUUGGAAGAAGCGAGUUUUAUUAUCACCAACAGAAACGAAAACAAAAAAGAAUUUUCCAAAACAAAACAAAACAGACGAAAUGGUUCCGAGAGCGUUCACACUGCCGAUGAAGCGCCGACGUGGCUGCUCCGGCGGUUGAUGUUUACAUAUUUUUUUUUCCCCCCUCGACACGCACGAAGCAUUAGUCGUACCAGGCGAGAACACGAGAGACGUGGGAAAGAACGAGAAAGUUGCUGAAUAAAGAAGAAGAAACGGUCGCUCGUGCGCAGCACAAAUGCAACAAAGAAAGAAAGAAAGAAA